CCAUCCCUGGUCAUGUGGAACAGGCCGUGGGGUCGGAUUGCUGAGACGGCCUCAGCCCUGCGUUUUCUCCCUGCAGCCCCCUUGGGCUCGGGCCUCAGCACCUUCACAGAACCAGGAACUGUUGGCUUUUGGUGUCGCAACACCCUGCCCAGGCCGCCCCUGGAGAAGUUGGAGGCCCUCCUGUGCCCCUGCCAUCUGCCCUGGCUGCAGAUUCACGCGGAGCACCAUCCGAAGUGGGGCCGCCCUUGGCCACCGGGGAGAGGGGAAAGGAGAGGGCCGGCGCUUCUCUCUGAGUGAGGCUGUUGAGGGGAAACAACUUGGGCCCCACCCACACAACUGGGCCUGGCCCUGUCUGCGCAGGGCUCUCAGCUCCAGGCCAUGGCCCCGAGGCCCACCUCCCUCCUGGCCCUGGUGCUCUGCCUGGGCCAGGAGAUCCUUGCGCAGAACGGGUUCCUGCCUGCACCCUCCAUCUCUGCUGAGCCAGGCCCUGUGUCACCCCAGGGGAGGAGUGUGACCAUUGUGUGCCGAGCCCCUGGGGACUUUGAGAUAUUCCGCCUGGAGGAUUGUUCCCCUGGGAGGGGUUGUACCACAGUUGAGGAAAAGAAGAGCACUUGGUCUUUGAAGAUGGAGGCCAGAUUCCUCCUCACCUCGAUGCAUGCUGCGCAUUACGCCUGUGUCUAUCAGAAAUCGUCCGCUUGGUCUUCACGCAGUAAGACCCUGAAAGUGCUGGUGACUGGUGUGGAUGUCACCCAGGCCCCCAACAGCCCAGCCUCAGCUCUGCCCUCAGCUCGGUCACCUGACCUCUCUCCGGUCUCCACCUCCCCAAGAACCACAUGGACACCAGGGGACAGCAGUCACAUGGAAGCGCGUCCGUGCCAAGCGCCCGGUGUGAGUGCGUCUGCUGCUAACCCGGCUCCAUCUCCUCUAGCUACCUCCGAGCUGAAGGCAGUACACCUUUGCAUCCUCAUUGGGGUCUCCGUGGGCUUCCUGCUCCUGCUCCUCCUGCUCCUCCUCUUCUGCCUCCACCGCCAGCGUCAGAACAAACACGGGCUGCCCAGGCACAAGGACCAGGAGCAGAGGCCUCAGGAGAGGGCCAGCUUGGCUGGGGACGGCCCAGGGAGGACAGCAGGCUGGGCCACAGCUGACCGAGCUCUUCAGCAGGGCAGGGAGCAGGGCACCUCCGUAAGUCUCAGCAUGGGCUAUGGACACUGCGGAACAAAGAACCAGACCCCGCUGCAGGGCCCCCAGGAGGUGACCUAUGCUCAGCUGGACCACCGAGCCCUCACACUGAGGGGUGCUCAAGACGUGUCCCCACGGUCCACGGAGUGCAGCACAUACGCCAUCCUGGCCAGACAGGGGCCCAGCCCGCCUGGCUCCUGCACCUGAGGCCUCGGGAAGUCACUGGAAAGCCUGCAGUACCGCGGGAGGGCGCACCGGGUCUGCAAGGCCAGGCGGCCCACUCUCUUGCAGCGGGAGCUGCAGCUGGAGGGCUCUACCGCUGGCCAGGAGAUUGGACCCUGGGGUGCCUGCCACAGUGACCAGUCCUGGGAGAGAGGGCGCUGCAGCUGCUUCCAGGGACCCCUGGCUGUGUCCAGAGACCCAGCUGAGACCCUGGCUGGCCCUUGGGAAGUGCUCUCCCUCAGACGCCUCUCUGAAGAUCUGCCCAGGGGCCCCCCAAAGCCCCCAGGUGCCCUGCUGGCCCCGAGGCUGGGCUGUGCUCCGGUAGCUGACAGCUGGGCCGGUUCUCAGCUCAGGCCUCACCUGGGCUCAGGGGUCACCUGGAGGACUCCAUGCACGCGCGGCGCGGCGACUGCACAACCAGGCCCGGGCGUCCGCACCCACGGCUCCCCGCAGCCGGAACUCCUGUCUGUGACGCUGGGGUCCCCGGGGCUGCGGCCGCGGGUCGCGUGAAGGAGGCGGCGAUGAGGGAGAGGGGCUGGGUGAAGGCAGAGCGCACACCUGCCCACACCUGAGCCCGCACGCACGGCGCACGCACACAGUCCUCGCGCGGGUCCGCGGAGAUGCGCGCCCCUCCCCGCUCCGGUAAUUACCCCGAGGGCCGCGAGGGGGCGAGCGUACGGUCAGCAGUGUGUGCUUGACUUCAGAAAAGAAAACAGAAAAGAAAGUUUUGUGUGGGCGCGUCUCUUCUAAAAAAUAGGAAGCCUUUCCCGGAAAAUCAGAUGAUUGUGGCUUCUGCGGGAUGGGGGUGGGGCAUAAACACGGACACAGGGCAAAACAUCCGCUUGCACGCCAUAAAGCUUGAGGAUGCAUGUACAAAUAUACAGGGGUGUGCAUGAGGGUUUAUAUAUGUAUAGAUAUCUGAUUAUUAAGGAAAAGAAUGCAAAAAAAAAAAAAAAACCCAAACGAAAUAGAAACCUGCGUCCUGCUGCAGGACGAGCAUUUUAACUGUGUGUAUGAAAAUCCCCACGGUUUCUCUUGCGCACUGGGAAGGCACUUAAGGAACCUAGAUCUUACACAAGGGGGCUGUCCAAAGUGCGUAGAUAACAGUUAAUCUGCGGAGCAACUCGGGAGCUGUCACAAUAAUACCACUGAAACUCAAUUUUCUAACUAAAAAGGGAAAUAAAGUCUCAGAAAAAAAGGCUCAGA